UUUACUUAGGUUAAAAUGUCUCCUGCUCUCAAUUUCUAACCUUUCCUCUUCUCUUCUAGACCCGAAUGACCAUCUCUCUGAAACCUACCUAUUCUUCUCUUACUCAUGGCUUCAGUCUCUCUUUCAUACACUAACUGAACCACAGCCCUUCCUCUCCAUUGAUUUUACAGAAACCCCAUAAAAAAACAGUCUUCUCUUAUUCCUACAACCUCUUCUUUCUUACAACCUUCAAUGGCCUCUAUGAACAAUUGGUUGGCUUUCUCUCUCUCCCCUCAGGAACUCCCAUCACAGCCUCAAAACCAUGCUCCACACACUGGCUCUCGACUCAUCUCCGGUGACUCCGUAUCCCGCUCCGGAAUCGCCUUCAACUCUGACGAAGUCUCUGGCGGUGAUGUCUCCACCGACUGCUUUGACCUUGCAUCGGACUCGACAGCCCUAAGACCAGAUGGCCAUUUUGGUAUUUUAGAAGCAUUCAACAGAACCCAUCAUCCCCAACAAGAUUGGAACAUGAAGGCCAUGGCCAUGAACUGUGAUACAAGCUUCAAGACAAGUUCUGAACUUUCGAUGCUGGUCAGCUCCACUGGCAACCAAACCCUAGUCCACGAGGAGCCGAAGCUCGAGGAUUUUCUUGGUGGGCAUUCAUUCUCUGAUCAUGAAGAAAAACUUCCUGGGUGCAACGGCAUUCCACCCUCAUAUGAUAAUUCCGGGGAUUACAUGUUCUCCAACUGCUCUCUACAGCUUCCGGCCACAACAACGGAAAUGUCUACAAACGGCAACAAUUCCAUCGGAUUAUCAAUGAUCAAGACCUGGUUGAGGAACCAGCCUGUACCAACACAUAUGGAGAAAAAGAAUGAUGCAGGGAGCAAUUGUGGAACGGCGGUGAAUGCCGGAACCCUAACUAAUGCGCAGACACUGUCACUUUCGAUGAGUACUGGGUCCCAGUCAAGCUCUCCAUUGCCACUUCUUGCUGCAAGUGGGACAGGAGGAGAGAGUUCAUCUGCCGAGAAUAAGCAGAAAACUGUUCUUGAUAGCCAGACUGGUGCUGUAGAAGCUGUUCCCCGGAAAUCUAUUGAUACGUUUGGGCAGAGAACAUCUAUCUACCGCGGCGUAACAAGACACAGGUGGACUGGUAGAUAUGAAGCUCACCUAUGGGACAAUAGUUGUAGGAGAGAAGGACAGACUCGCAAGGGUCGGCAGGUUUAUUUGGGUGGUUAUGACAAAGAAGAGAAGGCAGCUAGGGCUUAUGAUUUGGCUGCUCUCAAGUAUUGGGGUUCAACUACAACAACCAACUUUCCUAUAACUAAUUAUGAAAAGGAGUUAGAGGAGAUGAAACACAUGACCAGGCAGGAAUACGUUGCAUCUCUUAGAAGAAAGAGCAGUGGCUUUUCUCGCGGUGCUUCUAUAUAUCGUGGAGUCACAAGACACCAUCAGCACGGAAGGUGGCAAGCUAGGAUAGGAAGGGUUGCAGGGAAUAAAGAUCUUUAUUUGGGCACUUUCAGCACUCAAGAAGAAGCUGCUGAAGCCUAUGACAUUGCUGCUAUCAAAUUCCGCGGCCUAAAUGCAGUAACAAACUUCGACAUGAGCAGAUAUGAUGUAAACAGCAUAAUGGAGAGCAGUACAUUGCCAAUCGGGGGAGCGGCAAAGCGUCUGAAAGAGGCUGAGCAGACUGAGACCAGUGUGAAUGGGCGAAGGAUGGAUGAUGAGAAUAUAACUUCACAGCUGACUGAUGGAAUCAGCAGCUAUGGAUCUCACCAGCACGGGUGGCCCACCAUCGCAUUCCAACAGGGUCAGACACUCAACAUGCAUUACCCUUAUGGUCCGAGAGGCUGGUUUAAGCAAGAACAAGAUACCAUCACUGCCCACGGGCUGCAAGAUCUUCAUCAGCUUCAUUUGGGCAACACACACAACUUCUUUCAGCCUUCGGCUCUGCACAACCUCAUGAACUUGGAUUCUUCAUCUUUGGAACAUAGCUCCGGAUCAAAUUCAGUUAUUUACAGUGGUGGCAGCGGCAGUGGUGGCGGUAGCAAUGGAAGCUUUCAAGGAGCUGUGGGUGGAACCAAUGGCUUUGUUAUGCCUAUCAGUACAGUGAUGGCUGAUCAAAGCCAUCAACAAAAUCAAGCGAGUUUUGGAGAAAAUGAAGUGAAACAGCAGUUAGGUUAUGAUAACGUGGUGGCUCUCACUGAUCCAUACACCGGAAGAAACGUGUAUUAUCAGUCACAGCAAUCACCUGGUUCUGUGAAGGCUAACAACAGCUAUGACCAAAACUCUGGGUGUAAUAGCUGGAUGCAAAACUCAGUUCAAGCUAUUCCACCCAGGUCGAACAAUCUGGCUGUUUGUCCUGGGGCUCCAGUUUUCAGUGUAUGGAAUGAUACAUAGGGUUUAUUAGAAGAAAGGAAGGAGAAAAGGUAGGACAUAGAAAAGGGAAGAGAAGGGAGGAAUAGAAGAAAGGGUUAAUGGGGAAACAGAUGUACACAAACUUCUAAACUUAGGCAAGGAUUGGACUGAAGUUGAUAACAGCAAGCGAGAUUUGAUGGGGUUUUUCUUCCUCAAUUGCUGUUAAUUUUGGAACUUCGGAACGGAUAAAAUCCUCAGACUGCCUUAUUACACCCGGUGUUGUAAAUCCGAAAAAAUAAUUUUUGAUUAUGAUACAUGGA